AUGUCCAUCUCUGACAUCCUUUCACCAACUGAUGUGCCUUUGGUUGUUCAGGCGUUUUUUGACCAUGACAGAGCAGUCAAUCAUGACGGGCACACCAUGUCUUUGCUAACAGCUCAGGUCACGGAGCUGGUGGAUGGCAUCUUCAUAGGGCUUUCCAUGAACCACUGCCUUGCUGAUGGUACCUCUUACUGGCAUUUCUUCAACACUUGGUCUGAAAUAUUUCAGGCACAAACACAAACACAUGCCAGUCAAAACAAUAAUAUCAUACCCAAUAUCUCAAGACCACCAGUCCUCAAGCGGUGGUUACCAGAAGGUCACGAUCCAAUCAUCAGCCUCCCUUACACGCACCCAGAUGAGUUCAUUGGCAGAUUUGAAGCUCCCAAACUCAGAGAGAGAAUGUUUCACUUCUCCUCAGAAGCCUUAGCCAAACUCAAAGCAAAGGCCAAUGCAGAGGCUAACACAACCAAAAUCUCUUCCUUCCAGUCCUUGUCUGCCCUUCUCUGGCGCUGCAUUACCCGGGUGCGGCGUCUACCUCCGAGCCAGUCAACCAGCUGCAGGUUGGCUGCGAAUAACAGAGCAAGAUUAGACCCAGCAUUGUCUGGAGAUUACUUUGGGAACUCAGUUCACCUGAUCAAAUCAGAAGUUGUGACCGCUGGUGAAUUGCUUGAACAUGGGCUUGGAUGGGCAGCGUGGAAGUUGCAUGAGGCUGUCGUUAACCACGAUGACAAGUCGAUACGAGAGUUCAUUGAUGCUUGGUUGCAGUCUCGAAUGGUGUACCAAAUAGGCCAGUUUUUGGAUCCGCGCAUUGUGAUGAUGGGAAGCUCCCCAUGGUUCAACAUGUACGGAAACGAAUUUGGAAUGGGAAAAGCAUUGGCGCUUCGAAGUGGAUAUGCAAAUAAGUUUAGCGGCAAAGUGUCAUCUUACCAGGGAGGCGAAAGAGGAAGCAUAGACUUGGAGGUUUGUCUUGUACCUGAUGCAAUGGAUGCUAUUGAAUGUGACCAUGAAUUCAUGGAAGCCGCCUCUGUAACCCGUUAUUAG